ACCCGAGCCGUCAGGACCAUGAGCUUUUUCGAUGGAUCUUGUGUGGCGGAGUUGCUGCUAUGGAAUGGUAUCUUGUCUCAGCUGAAAGGCCGCUGCGCUGUGCCAGUCCGCUUAAAUCUGCGCCGUUUGAAUGGAUACCGACCGCUGGAACCUGAAUGCAACCUCAACUACACAGAUCGCGAGAAUGUUCUUCACUCUGAAGCAUAACAGACACACUGCCGAGUCGUCGUUCGAGAAGACAGCUGCCCCUUUCACCAAGAAGCGCGAGGGACGACUGGCGAAGGUCGCGUGCACAAACUGUCGCAUGAGCAAGUUGAAAUGCUCCGGGGAGCUGCGAGGAUGCCAACGAUGUCGGGGCAAGAAGAUCGAAUGCCAGUAUCCCAGGAUGGCCAAAGAAAAGGACUCGCCAUCACCAUCACCACCAACACCGGAAGCAGUGCAACAAUUAGAACAAGCUAAAGGAAGGUCGCCAUCUCCACUUGCUCCCGCGCAGACCGAACCAAAUAUACAAGAAGACUUCAUAGAUCCAGCGGCAUUAAAUCAGAAGCCAGCGUUCAGUGCAAACUUCCAAGACCUAGGUCUGGCGAUCGAACUCGAUGCCUCUGACUUCACCAUGUCCGAGAACACAGCUGCUGCCUGCACGUUGCUCUCCGAGGAGGAGUACAUGGAGCUAUCAAACACCAUGGUCCAAUGCCAGCAGCCUUUCACCUCCGUGGUCAACACCAGCAACACGCCAUGGGACGACAUGCUGCAAAUGGAAAACACAGACUUCAACACCAGCAAUUACACCACACCACCCACACUCUCACCUCCAGAGCCAACGGAAUCAACCUGUUCAUGCUUUUUCCAAGCCGUCGGCACCCACGAGGCCAUCGAGGUAGCGGUGUGGUGCCAGAAAGAGUCGUUCAGUGAUGUGCAGGACAUUCUACGACAUCAUAAACAGGUAUUAGCCGAGUGCGAGGGUCUCCUUGAAUGCAGUAGGUGUAGCAAGAAUCCCGGCUUCAUCAUGCUCUUGAUAUCCAUGGUGCGGAAGAUACUUGAGAGCCUGGGGCGGAUAUGUCAAGUAGCUGGCAGCCCGAGGAGUACUUCCGAGCGGGCUCCAGCUACGAAUGCCGAAUUCAAUCGCGAGUCCAGGGUGUGGGAGAAGGUUGGGAAUGGAAAUGUAAAUCAAGGCAGAAAUGGAUACGGCAUCAGUAUACAAGGACAGCAGCUUGAUGAUGAUGACGAGUAUCUUGUCCUGCAGAGUCUGCUCAAGGCGCGGGUUGCAAAGCUAGAGCAUCUGCUGGGCUUGCUUCAUAAAGUUGUUGUUGAGCAGAGCUGGCCAGCACAUAAGAGCCUUGUUCGAUGUCUGCAGAGCCGGGUUUUAGGGCGAUGGAUUAUCGAGUGA